AUGGCUGGGUUCGAGCCACAGACAAACAUUCUCAUUCACAUGGUGGGCAGCGGCCUCCACCAGGAGCCCGACGUCGCCUACGCUGGGCUAGGGCCAGGCGCGGACACCAUCCCACGGCUUGAAUCCGCUGAGCCGUCCGAUGUUCUCUCUGAUAUUACUCCCACCGUUGGAUACGGCUGGCAUCCUAUAGUCAGGAAUCUGUAUCUUAUCGCUUCUUGUACCAUCUAA